AUGGCCACCUUCAUCGCGUCGGUGUGUCACCCGCUAGGCCGCGACUCCGACUUCGACACCCCAACCGCUGCCUUUGUUUCCACCAUCGAACAGGCAACCGACCUGUCGGAAAAGGCAAAGCUGCACACAUCAGUAUCCCAGCGGGAGUCUCGUCUCACCACAUCAACAACAGCUGCCACAAAGAGGAAUAAGAAAACCUUCACAGUUGACAUGGGGUUCAUCCCCGUGCUUUACUUCACCGCGCUCAAGUGCCGCGUGCCGCGCAUUCGACGGCAGGCGAUUAAAUUGAUGCAAGUAUCCCCUCGUCGCGAGGGCGUCUGCGACGGCGAAUUUACGGCCGCAAUUGCGGGCCGGGUUGUGGAGAUAGAGGAGGGCGGGUACUUUGCGGGGUUUGACGUCGAAAGGGAGUUUGAUACUUUUGACAUUGCCGUCGUCGGGUGGUGA